UGCGCGGCGCGUGCCAGCCUUCUUUCCGCCGGAGCGUGAGGCGGGGUGAGCAUCUCCCUCAGGCCGGCUGCCUCCUUGUCUUCCCGGCGACGCUGCGAGAAUGGCAACCCACUUCCUUAUGCACGAGAAGAUCUGGUUCGACAAAUUCAAGUACGACGAUGCUGAGAAACGGUACUAUGAACAGGUGAACGGUCCAGCCCGCAGCCCUUCCUGCCCGCAGGAGAACGGCGCCAGCACCAUCCUGCGCGACAUUGCCAGAGCAAGGGAGAAUAUCCAGAAGUCACUGGCCGGAACCACCAGCGGCCCCUCCCCCGCAGGGCCAGCCGGAGACCAAAAUGAGGUGGUCACCAGGAUUGCUAACUUGGAGGCAGACAAUCAACACCUUCGUAGUGUGGUCACCAACCUCCAAAUGGCCAUCUCCAAACUGGAGUGCCGCCUGAGCGUGCUGGAAAGGGCAUCGGCUUCCCACCAUCCUUCCCCGCCUCCACCCACACAGCACGUCACGCCCAUGAAGAAAGUUGAGCCCCUGGCCGUGCCGUGCAAGAAGGUGGUGCUCCCUUCAGCUGCCAUCAAAGAAGAAUCCCCGGGGGGUGCAGCCGCCGCUUCCUCCGAGGAAGACGAUGACAUCGACCUGUUUGGCAGCGACGAGGAAGAGGAGGACCAAGAAGCUGCCCGCCUUCGGGAAGAGCGGCUAAAGCAGUACGCCGAGAAGAAGUCGAAGAAGCCGGGCCUGAUUGCCAAGUCCUCCAUCCUUCUGGAUGUCAAGCCGUGGGAUGACGAAACGGACAUGGCCAAAAUGGAGGAGUUUGUGCGAACUGUUCAGAUGGAUGGCCUCGUCUGGGGAGCUUCCAAACUGGUCCCGGUGGGCUACGGCAUCAAGAAACUCCAGAUCCAGUGUGUGGUGGAGGACGACAAAGUUGGGACAGAUAUCCUGGAAGAGGAGAUUACCAAAUUUGAAGAUUAUGUGCAGAGUGUUGACAUAGCUGCUUUCAACAAGAUCUAACGGCAAACCCUUUACCCUUUCUAAAGCUAAUAAAUGGUUAAGAGUUGGA